GCCCUGGAAUUGACUCAAAUACCGGCGACUUGAUGGUGCGUUUCUUCUCGAACGAUUUCGAACCGCGAGCCGUCAUCAAUUGGGCGGCUCGCUGCGAUCAAACCCACCGGACCGAUUGAGGGCUAGUUCGAUAUUGCAAUGUGGAGACGAUGCUGGGUUCGAGAAGGGGGGCAAGGGGAUUGAGCGUUUCGGAUACAGCAAUCGCACUGAUCAUGUUGCUGCAGCUGCUGCUGUAGGCAUGGUGUUGUAGCUAGUGCUGCAGGGUUGAGUUCGAUUGCUGCUCAACGUUUCGAAGGUUGUGGUGAAUCAGAAACGCUUGCUGCAUCCGCAAGAACCUACUGGUCUUUGGAGUGUUGUUGCUUGUCUUCUAGUGAAAGGAGUGAGUGUUGAUAGGUAGACUUGUGCAGGACCGGUGCUGAAGCCGUCUGACACUAGACCCACCAUCACGUCGCAUCGCACUCGCGGCUGCAGGCAACAUCUGAGUGUGCACGACGGGAGGGGGUGAUGCUAGCGAAGGCGACCGUUGCGACCUUGGGUGCCAGAUUGCGCAGUUGGGUGGUGGAUUCUGGGCUUGUGGGUGACUCGAUUCUCUGGAUUGACCUGGGUGACGGCUACAGUGAUCAGGCCGGGACGAUCGUGUGGUGGCCUCUUUUUGGAGGCUUGUUUGUGGCCUCUUGACGACGUGGAAACCAAGGCCGUUGAAGUUGAGCAGGCUCAGGGGGGGCUUUUGGCAGAGUGUCGGCGGAAGAGGAAUUUGUUUGUGCAGAAUAGAGAUUGCCGGAAUUGCUGGCUACAGGCGAGUGAAGAUUCUUGCAUUAGCUACAGCAGGGGUGCUCGAUGUCCAUGAGAUUGCGAGUAUAGCGCAGUUUUGUUUUCGUGCCGUUCGGGGUUGUGGUCUAGCUUUGUGCUGGUGGGGUGGUACUGUUGUAUAGCUGUGCACAUGGCAGGAGGGGAGAGGGAGAGGCGAUUGCGGUAGGGACGAAGAGGACGGAGAAGGACACAGGAAGGAGAGAACGAGUCUCUGUCGAUAAAGGUUGUCAAAUAAUUGUUCUUUUUAGUUGUCCAGAUCGGUCAAACCAAAAAAUUGAAUAAUCUCAGGGCUCCGUCUGUUGAAUUGCAUGGUUAAGCUCGAGCUCGACCUUGCCUGCCAGGAACAGGCUCACGGGAUUGUCACUGAUGUUGCUUUGUGCACUUCGUCCUACAGCUCAAUCCCUUGGAAUAUUGCUACUUCGUUCUUGUCCACAUCACGUGGAAUUAUGCACAGAAGCAAAGUUUCGAAGGUUGUAAUCUUCAGGCUGGGUUUUGGCAAGGCUCCGCAUAGGCUAUGGAGGCCAGCAACGCCCGCCACAAGUUUGCAGGUUGAAUCUUCGAAGGCCACAGAACCAUCGGAAGAAUUCAAAUUCGCUGCGUAGGAGUUAUGUUCUGCGAUGCACUUGGGCUGUUUGGAGCAGUAGCUUGAACAAUUUGUAAGAGUGUUUGCUAUGAUGAAGAGUUUGACGAUGGUUAGAAAGGAAAGGUGAUAAAAUUGGCAAUGGGAGGAGCCAGGGCGGAAGUACUUCUUUCAUUGGUUGUGGGAUUGCUAGUGCUCUCUGUGGGUGCGCAAGAUGUGAUGUCGGACAUAAGGGCGCUGCUGGGGAUCAAGGCGGCCUUAGCCGAUCCCCAGGGUGUCCUGAACAAUUGGAUCACUGUGUCUGAAAACGCUCCUUGCGACUGGCAAGGGGUGAUAUGUUGGGCUGGCCGUGUCUACGAGAUCCGAUUGCAACAGUCCAAUUUGCAAGGCCCUCUCUCAGUGGACAUUGGCGGCUUGAGCGAGCUUCGGCGAUUAAAUGUGCACACCAAUCGUUUGAACGGCAACAUACCGGCGUCGCUCGGUAACUGCAGCCGUUUGCACGCGAUAUACCUCUUCAACAAUGAAUUUUCUGGCAAUAUUCCCCGGGAGAUUUUCCUUGGUUGUCCAGGGCUGCGGGUGUUGAGUAUUUCGCACAACAGGAUCGUCGGGGUUUUACCAGCCGAGGUUGGAACCUCGCGAGUCCUCCGAAGUCUUGACCUGACGAGCAACUUGAUCAUGGGGAGUAUCCCCGUGGAGCUUUCUCGGUGCUUGGGGCUCAACGUGCUCGCUCUCGGCGAUAACCUCUUGUCCGGAAGCCUCCCCUAUGCGUUCGGCCGUUUAUUAAACCUCGAACGUCUCGACGUCAGCAGCAACCAGCUUGGCGGCGAGAUUCCUGUGGAGCUCUCAAGUUUGGGAAUGCUGCAAUCUUUGAACCUUGCGCACAAUAAUCUCACAGGAAGCGUUCCCAACAUCUUCUCCACUCUUCCAAGGUUGCAAAAUUUGCGUCUCGCGGACAAUCUUCUGAGCGGGCCUCUACCAGCAGAGAUUGGCAGUGCUGUGGCGUUGCAGGAGCUCGACGUGGCGGCGAAUUUUCUCUCGGGAGGAUUGCCAGUGUCUCUUUUUAACCUUACGGAAUUGCGUAUCCUUACUAUCUCCCGCAACCUCUUCACUGGUGGCAUUCCAGCGCUAAGCGGGUUGCAGAGUAUACAAUCUCUGGAUUUAAGUUUCAAUGCAUUUGACGGCGCUAUUCCGAGCAGUGUGACGCAACUUGAGAAUUUGAGGGUGCUCGCUCUCUCUGGGAACAAGCUGACAGGGAGUGUUCCUGAGGGACUCGGACUCCUCACAAAGGUACAAUACUUAGCUCUCGACGGGAAUCUCCUGGAGGGCGGCAUUCCGGCCGAUUUAGCGUCGCUUCAAGCGUUAACUACUCUGUCUCUCGCAUCGAAUGGUCUCACUGGUUCUAUCCCAGCGACGCUUGCAGAGUGCACGCAGCUUCAAAUCCUCGACCUCCGGGAGAAUAGAUUGUCUGGCCCCAUUCCAACGUCUCUCGGGUCUCUCCGCAAUUUGCAGGUACUACAAUUAGGGGGGAACGAUUUGAGCGGAGCCCUGCCUCCAGAGCUGGGUAACUGCUUGAAUCUGCGGACCUUAAACCUCAGCAGGCAGAGCUUGACGGGUAGCAUACCAUCGUCCUAUACAUUCCUUCCCAAUUUGCAAGAGCUUGCGCUGGAGGAGAAUCGCAUAAAUGGCAGUAUCCCUGUGGGAUUUAUAAAUCUUCCAGAGCUUGCUGUGGUCUCUUUGAGUGGUAACUUUUUGAGUGGGCCUAUACGCGCCGAGCUCGUACGAAACCCUAAACUGACAAGUCUUAGACUUGCUAGAAACCGCUUUUCUGGAGAAAUUCCCACAGAUAUCGGCGUCGCCACUAACCUUGAGAUCCUCGACUUGAGCGUCAAUCAGCUCUACGGCACUCUUCCUCCAUCACUCGCGAAUUGCACUAAUCUUAUAAUCCUUGACCUUCAUGGCAACAGGUUCACAGGAGAUAUGCCCAUUGGGCUUGCGCUCCUCCCAAGAUUAGAGUCCGCAAACCUUCAAGGGAAUUCGUUCUCCGGUGGAAUUCCUGCUGAGCUAGGCAACUUGUCGAGGUUGGCUGCCCUAAACGUGUCCCGCAACAAUCUCACUGGAACCAUUCCGGCGUCGCUAGAGAAUCUCAACAACUUAGUGUUGCUUGACGUCUCCUACAAUCAGCUGCAGGGCUCCAUUCCAAGUGUUCUCGGGGCAAAAUUCAGCAAAGCAUCCUUUGAGGGGAAUUUCCAUCUGUGUGGACCUCCUCUCCAAGACACAAAUCGUUACUGUGGUGGGGUCGGUUCCUCAAAUUCGUUGGCCUCAAGAUGGAGAAGGUUUUGGACAUGGAAAUCUAUCGUGGGUGUUUCCGUGGGCGGUGGCGUGCUUCUUUUGAUACUCUUGGUAUUAUGUUCUUUCUGUAUUGUGCGUUUCAUGAGAAAGCAAGGUAGGAAGACUAACCGGGAGCCAAGAUCGCCCUUGGACAAGGUCACCAUGUUCCAGUCUCCGAUUACGCUGACAAACAUUCAGGAGGCCACGGGGCAGUUCGACGAGGAUCAUGUCUUGAGCCGCACUCGCCAUGGGAUCGUCUUCAAGGCCAUUCUACAGGAUGGCACGGUGAUGUCAGUGCGGAGGCUCCCCGAUGGCGCCGUAGAGGACAGCCUCUUCAAACUCGAAGCUGAAAUGCUGGGCAAGGUGAAGCACCGCAACUUGACGGUCCUUCGAGGCUACUACGUUCACGGGGACGUCCGCCUCCUGGUCUACGACUACAUGCCGAACGGAAACCUCGCAUCCUUGUUGCAAGAAGCGUCUCAACAAGACGGCCACGUCUUGAACUGGCCCAUGCGGCACCUCAUUGCGCUCGGCGUCUCACGAGGCCUUUCCUUCCUGCACACGCAAUGCGACCCUCCGAUUGUCCAUGGCGAUGUGAAACCCAACAACGUCCAGUUCGACGCGGACUUCGAAGCGCACCUGUCCGAAUUCGGCUUGGACAAGCUUUCCGUCACCCCUACCGACCCCUCUACCUCCUCCACGCCAGUUGGCUCCCUCGGCUACGUCUCCCCGGAAGCCACCACGUCCGGGCAACUCUCCUCUGCAGCUGAUGUUUACAGCUUCGGCAUCGUGCUUCUGGAGCUUCUCACGGGACGUAGGCCUGUCAUGUUCGCGAACCAGGACGAGGACAUCGUCAAGUGGGUGAAGCGACAACUCCAGAGUGGACAAGUAUCCGAGCUCUUCGAUCCUAGCCUCUUGGACUUGGAUCCCGAGUCUUCUGAGUGGGAAGAGUUUCUCCUCGCGGUGAAGGUGGCUCUCUUGUGCACCGCGCCGGAUCCCAUGGACAGACCUUCCAUGACCGAGGUGGUUUUCAUGCUGGAAGGGUGUCGAGUGGGGACUGAAAUGCCGACCUCCUCCUCCGAACCCACAAACCAAACUUCACCCGUAUGAGUCCAGCUCUCUCUCUUCGAUCGGCUUCACGAUUCUCUGGACGCAGUUCAGCGCUGGAGCAAGAGGAGCGGCGGCUGUUGCGUCGUCCCACCGCGACAGUUUCACCACGAUACUGAUCCAGCCACAGAAUUUCUUCAGCUUUCUCACUGCUCUGCCACGCUACUGGACGUCUCUGCAACUGCCCGCCCGGCUGAGGACUCUACGCGCUCUUCAUAAUCUUCACAAUCCUCGGCCUCUCAAAUUGUUUUUCCUCUGUUAGAUUCUCACUCGUUGCCCCAGCUCAAGGAACCCAGUUUGUUUAGCUGCGCAUGUCUAGCGGUGCAUUUUGUGUAGCACACAGGUGCUAGGAUUCUUACUCGCUGUGGAUUCCAUCACGCCUGCUCCCUUAUUCUUUUAGCAACAGAGCUACAUUUCAAGCUAUUGAACAGAAGAUCCACUCCGCUAUUCAUUCGAUCCCCGAGGAAGCUUUUCUCCCCCAUCGAUAUUGUAGCAAUACCUCAUUAACUACUGCGACCACGCCGACUGCACGAAUCUGUCUGCUGCAUCUGUGGUGCCUGUUGUGCACAAAAAUAAAACAGCCCGAUUCGUCCUA